ACAACAAGCAGCAAAGAGCCACGUCCGGAGGUCAUCAUAAUGGAUGAGAAUUUAAUUGAUCAGCAUAAUUUAUCAGAGCUAGAGAAUACAACUAUGGAUGCCACAAUGAGAGAUUGGACUAAUCUUCCAAGUGAGCUUUUGAACUUGAUCUUGUCACAUCUCUUUCUUUACGAUAUCAAAAGGUUCCGCAAUGUCUGCAAAACAUGGCAAUCAGUUGCUUCCCAACAAGUAGUGCCAUCUCCAAUUCAUUGCCCAAUCACCCAAUCUCAUUGGCUCAUGUUUUUCCGCGGAUACAAAAUGCCUUUGAAUUUUUACAACCCCUUGUAUGCGGACACAUACCAAAUGGCUAUUCCUUGUGAGUUAUCCGGUGCAGUGCUUCGCUUCUCCAGUAGAGGUUGGUUGCUUAUGUCUAGAGGUGAAUGCUCUAUGUUCUUCUUCAAUCCCUUCACCAAUGCAAAAAUUGACCUUCCAGAUUUACCUGAAUGUUACUAUUUUGAUACUAUAUCCUUCUCUUCCGUGCCCACAUCCUCAGACUGUACUGUUUUUGGCAUACUCGGCCUUUUUAAUGAUACAGCUUGGUUUUCAUCCAUUUCUCGUGGUGAGGAAUCUUGGACUUGGGAUAAGGUUGAUAGCAAUCUAAAUUUUCAACCAUCUCAUACUAAUCCAGUUUUCUACAAUGAGGUCUUUUACUGCUUGGGUCAAGAUUGUAACUUGGGGCUGUUUAAUCCAAAGGAAGAGGAUUCGAGCUGGACAGUUCUUGAUGGCCCCAAGAAACCCCGUGGCUGUGAUUCUGUGUAUGAAAGUUAUCUGAUGGAGUGUGAUGGAAAGCUAUUGUCGGUGUUUGUGGGCAACAGGGGAAGAGGGGUUUCUGUUUACACGUUGGAUGAAUCCGAGAUGGCAUGGCAGAGAGUAACUGAUUUGGGUAGCAAAAUGUUGUUUGUGAGUCACUCCACAUCUUUUUCAUCGACCAAAGUAGUAGAAGGAAUGGAGAACAAGAUAUAUUUUCCCAGAUUUUGUGGAAAAGAUGGGGUAUUCUAUUGUCUUGCGACCAAUAGGUAUGGAUCCUUUGGCAGUAACACCCGUAAAAAGGACCUUCGCGGCACAGAAGAACAGCUACACUGCAGUUGGAUAGAGCCAAUAACUAGAACAUAUUCUGAGGAAGAGCUUAACUGGCUUGCGGUGGCAAGUUGAUCAGGUGUAAAUUAAUAAAAAACAAAAGAACGACGGCUCAAUGUACGGAGCUCUUGUUAGAGUAUAUCUCUUGAACUUGAAUUUUUCCAAAUUUUCCUACAUUAAUUAUUUUUUUUCUUACCAUUAAGUGUGUAGUGUUAUACUAUUGUUAGAAAUUGAAAGUAACGAUUUGUUAUUUUCUGUUUUUAAGUA